AGUCUGGUAUCGGUUAGGAGAGUUUAUAUCCCAUGUUCAUUCCAUGAAUUCAGUCCAGACUAAAGACUGGAGUUACGUUAUAUGACAUACAAUCGUACUUUUCCGUGAUUUUUGGAUUACUUUGCUGGAUCAAGAAAGAUAUUUUUAGAGUAUUGUUUCGUUAUCCCCCGUGCUAGUUGGAUCACUCCCUCGACAAAGCGGGUUUCUCCAAGUUUCAAACUCAUUUUCGACUGAACGCCACAAGUGACACAAGAGAAGAUUAUUCCGUAAAACGUAACUGGAUUAUUGAUAUUUACUGGACCUUUUUGGUACUUUUCCACUGAUUUUGUGGAAACAUGUUUCGAAACUACGGGAACUUGAGCGGAGAUAGACAGCAACCCUUCUCCGGUGCUGGUUCCCCACACGCCGUGACGGUCUCCGCAACACUGAACUCGAGUAGCUCUGUACAGCAGCCACCGCAGAAGUUCACUGGGGCAAGAACAGGCCAGUUUGUUCCAAGCCUUGAUGCCAUCACCUCCAGCCAGGACUUACAAUGGCUGGUCCAGCCCUCUCUCUUGUCCACACCUGGUUCAGCUGGCAGACCACCCCGACCUCCCUUCCCACAAACAGCCGGACCCCGCCUCCUGCCCCCCCAUCCAUCCCAUGCACACCUGGUCCAGCCAGGGGUCAUAAGGGCAGUGGGAGAGACAAGGCUGCCAUCCAGGAGAAGGAAUGAUGAAUUUUUGUCCCAAGAUGAUCUUGAAAAGCGGAGGAUUCGAAGAGAGCGAAACAAAAUGGCCGCUGCCAAGUGUCGGAACCGCCGGCGUGAGUUGACAGACACACUGCAGAAAGAGACGGACGAGCUGGAGGGUGACAAAUCGCGCCUGCAGAAGGAGAUCGCUGAGCUGCAGAAGGAGAAGGAGAAGCUGGAGCUGGUCCUGGAGGCCCACCGUCCCAUUUGCAAAAUCCCCGACUCCGAUUCAGACUCUGAGUCUGACCCAGGACUGGGGCUGCCUACCCUAAGAGCUUCCAAACACACCAAGAAUCCUAACCAGCCUGGCCCUUCAUCAAAGUUUCAUCCCAGGACCAGGAAGCCCACACCAAAGAUUACCCUCCCCCCUGCAACGUCCACCUCGUCUGCUCCAUCCGUCCAGUCACCCGAGUGCGAAUCCCUCCACACUCCAAUCUUCAUCUCCACCCCCUCUCUGACCCCCUUCACCACCAGUCUGGUCUUCACCUAUCCCUCUGCCCCUUUCAGCUCCCCCUCCACCUCAUCUAACCCUACACUUGGUACAGCCGAGCAGGCCCUGCACCCCCAGCCCUGUGGUGUAGCCCAUCGCCGUAGCAGCAGCAGCGGGGACCUGUCAUCGGACCACUCCCUCAACUCCCCCACUAUUCUCACCCUGUGACACCUGUCUGAGGAGAGAAGAUGCAACGGCAAAUGGUACAGAUGCAAUGCCAAGUCCAUGAUGAUGAUGAAGAUGAUGGACACAUCUAGAAUGUUUAUCAAUCAAGCAGUUUUUGACAAGACAUAUUCCAUAGACUCUGAAAGAGAUCAUUCUAAUGUGAUGACAAAAAAACGGUUUGCUAGUGACAUAUAUAAACUGUUAACUGUGAGUGUUAACAAAUAUGCAUUAUAUAAAGAGAUAUUUUAUAAAUACAUAUUAUAAACAAAGUACAAUCAUGAAAUGUCGCCCUGCAUUUUGGCACAAUAGUCAUAGAAGCUUUGAAACACUGCACUGGAAAUCUUGAAAUACAAGUAUAAUAUUGAGUUGGAAAAAGAAAGAAACCUAAAGCACUCAUUUUCACUGUUGCCAUCACUGGUAAACCCCUGGUAUUCCCCACUGAUCCAGCUCCAUGUUGAUCCAGAAACAACCCAAAGCUUUCCCCUGAAAAACUGGGAUCACCCCUGGGCUGUAAAAGCUCUACAUAGCCUUUAUAUUUAACAUGACAUUAUUUUAGGCCUUUUCUAGAGAAAGGUUGGUAGAUGAAAGUUGAAACAGUUCAUCCAUGGGAUUCAUUACAGUGAUUAGAGUGCCUGGUACUCAUUUAUUGGAAUAGGUAGGUUACAAAAUAGAUACAAACAUAAUGUUACAUAAUUUAAAGGCAAUGCUAUACUGUUUGGUAUUCAGUACUGCAAUCUUUGUAUUUCAUGUUUAUAUGCUAUGCAUUAUCUUAUAAGAUUAUAUGAGAACUAUAUACAAUGUAUAUCAGUAGUAUACAAAUAUUACAUAAUAUGUAAUAUAUAUAAUCAAAUUAGAGUAAUCAAAUCAUAAGAGUAGCCUAAUAUAUAAGUUAAAUAUAAAAUGAUUUAAAAAUUUAGGCAUGGCCAUAGAGAACUACAUAUUUAUUGAUGAGAGAAAGUUUUAUUUAUUUUUCACACAAAUGUAUUAGCAAACUGUUUCUUGUCUGAAUGGGGAAAAAAUAAAGGACUGAAACUGA